UGUGAGUGCAGGAAAAUGGCAGAGGCCAGUAUUUCAGUAGAUCACGAUCAGUUCAGCUGUCCAGUUUGUCUGGAUCUCCUGAAUGAUCCAGUGACUAUUCCCUGUGGUCACAGUUUCUGUAAGGUGUGUAUUAAUGCUAACUGGGAUCAGGAGGAUGUGAAGGGCAUCUACAGCUGUCCUCAGUGUAGAGAGUCUUUCACUCCAAGGCCUGUUCUACGCAGGAACAACAUGCUGGCUGAAGUGGUGGAUAAACUGAAGACGACUGAACUCCAAGCUGCUUCUCCUGCUCACUGUUACGCUGGACCUGGAGAUGUGGAGUGUGAUUCCUGCACAGGGAGAAAACACAAAGCCGUCAAGUCCUGUCUGGUUUGUCAGGCCUCCUAUUGUGAAGAUCAUCUUAAACCUCACUAUCAGUCUCCUGCCUUUAAGAAGCACAAGUUAGUUGAAGCCUGUGCAGAGCUCCAAGAGAAGAUCUGCUCUGAACAUGACAAACUGAUGGAGAUCUACUGUCGUACUGACCAAAGCCUCAUCUGUUAUUUGUGUACGAUGGAAGAACACAAAGGUCAUGAUACAGUUUCAGCUAAAACAGAAAGAACUGAAAAACAGAAUGAGUUAAAGGAGGAUCAGAUAAAAUCCAAGCAGAGGAUUCAGGAGAAGCAGAAGAAGGUGCAGGAGCUGAAACAGUCUGUGGACAUUAUUAAGAUAUGUUCACAGGCAGCAGUAGAUGACAGUGAGAGGAUCUUUACUGAGAUGAUCAGCUCCAUGGAAAAAAAGCGCUCGGAGGUGACGGAGCUAAUCAGAGCUCAGGAGAAAGCUGAUGUGAGUCGAGCUGAACGACUCCUGAAUCAACUGGAGCAGGAGAUUGCUGAUCUUAAGAGGAGAGUCACUGAGCUGGAGCAGCUUUCACACACACACGAUGACAUCCACUUCCUCCAGAGUUUCUCGUCUCUCUUUGUUUCUCCUGGAUGUGACGACUCACUCAGCUUCACUGUCAAGCAACAUCUCUCAUUUGAUGGAGUGAGGAAAUCUCUCUCAGAUCUGAAAAAACGAGUCGAACAAAUCUGUGAGGAGGAAUUCAACAAAAUCAGACCACAAGCUGCAGCAGUUAAGAUGAUUUUACCUUCAGAACCAAAGAGCAGAGAAGAUUUUCUGCAGUCUGCAGCAGUUAAGAUGAUUUUACCUUCAGAACCAAAGAGCAGAGAAGAUUUUCUGCAGUAUUUCUGUUAUCUGACUCUGGAUCCAAACACAGCACAUCCUGAUCUCAUUCUGUCUGAGAAGAACAGAGUGGUGACACGGAGUAAGACACAACAGCGAUACUCUGAUCAUCCAGAAAGAUUUGACUUCUGGCCUCAGGUGUUGUGUAAGGAGAGUGUGUGUGGACGCUGUUACUGGGAGGUGGAGAGGAGAGGUGUUGUGUACAUAUCAGUGUCAUAUAAAGAGAUCAGCAGGAAAGGAUGGAGUUAUAAGUGUUUGUUUGGACACAACAGUCAGUCUUGGAGUCUGGAGUUUUAUUCUUCCUCUGUCUCUUUCUGGAACAGCAAUAUUUAUACUGAUCUACGAGGUCCAUCACCCUCCAGAAUAGGAGUGUAUGUGGAUUACAGUGCAGGAACUCUGUCCUUCUACAGCGUCUCGGACACCAUGAGGCUCCUCCACAGAGUCCACACCACAUUCAAUCAGCCUCUAUAUGCUGGAGUCAGGAUGUUGCGUUAUAACUCAUUUGUGAGGUUUUGUGAUCCAAAAUAAAAAGUUAGUAAAAGUGUUUAUAAAAACUAUAAGUGAGGUGUGAGAUUUAAUUUGUCCCUGAGCUACACUGGACAUUUUAUGUGCAGAAACUGGAACAGUAAUGAAUGCAGAAUGUAGAAACAGACUAUUUAACUGUAUGCACUAUUAGGAUGGGUUUAUUAUGUCUCCUCAGAAAUAAUAAACUUUACUCAAACUGC